AUGUCCAAAUCUACAAACGAAGACCCGCCCAAAGCAAUCGAAAAAAAUGACUUCACCGUCGAAUCCACUCUGGAGUCUGACUUGGAAGAACAAACAGAAAACGAAGGAAACCCGUUUUUGGACCCUUUCAUCGCAAACCACUACCACCAGAUCUACAACGACUGCAACUACGAGUGCCGUGGAUUGUUUGAUCCCCAUUUUACGUGGACCAAGGAGGAGGACAGGAAAGUUAUGAAAAAGGUCGACAGAAGAGCCAUCUUGAGUGCUUGUAUCAUGUUCUUUGCGUUGCAGGUCAACAGAGGCAAUUUGCACGAAGCAGUGGCCGAUAAUCUUUUGCAGGAUUUAAACAUGGACACUAACGACUACAAUUUGGGAAACACGCUCAAUUUGUGUGCCUUUUUGUGUGCUGAGCUUCCGUCUCAGAUCAUCUCUAAAGCACUCGGACCCGAUAUCUUCAUUCCCAUCCAGAUCUGCUGCUGGUGCCUUGUUUCCACUUGCCAGGGCGCCUUGACAAAUAAAACCGGUUUCUUGAUCUGCCGUGUGUUGAUAGGCCUCUUCCAGGGCGGUUUCAUCCCAGAUAUGAUUCUCUGGCUUUCGUACUUCUACAAGUCUGGCGAGUUGCCUAUUAGACUCUGGGGUUUUUGGGCUUCCUUGGCUCUAACGCAAACCAUCACCUCCGUUCUUGCCUAUUUUAUUCUCAGAAUGAGAGGCGUGGCUGGUUUGACCGGGUGGCAGUGGCUUUUCAUCAUUGAAGGUUGCAUCACCUUGCUCAUUGGAAUCUGGUCCUUCUAUCUUAUGGUGCCGUCUGUCGUGCAAACAAAAAACCGAUUCCAUCCUGAAGGCUGGUUUACAGACCGUGAAGAGAAAAUUGUCGUGAACAGAAUCCUCAGAGACGAUCCACUGAAAGGCGGUAUGAACAACAGACAAGCGUUACCAUUUAAGGCCAUCCUCAGAUCCCUCAUGGACUGGAACUUAUGGCCUAUUUUCGUCAUUGGCAUUUUGGGCUACCUCCCCAUGCUGACGGUCCUGCCAUACAUGGUUUUGUCGAUGAAACAGUUGGGAUUCAGCACUCUAGAUGUCAACCUCCUCACCAUCCCACUGCACAUUCUCCAGAUUGUGUUUAUGUACGGCAUCACCUGGGUUUCCGAAAAAUUCAACGAACGCAGCCUCAUGAGUCUUGUUAUGCCGCUUGUGGCGAUUCCGUUUUUGGCAGCUUUGCGUUGGUGGCCUGGAACCAUGGAGGAUGCCUGGGUAACGUGGUUUUUCGUCACCAUGGUGCUUUCCGCUCCGUUGAUCCACGCCAUGUGUGUGGCCUGGGUUUCUCGAAACUCCAACUCCAUCGAAACCCGUUCCGUGUGUUCUGCCUUGUACAACAUGUUUGUUCAAGCUGGCGGGAUCAUCGCUUAUAAUAUCUACCGUGAGGACGAUUUGCCAAAGUACCGCCGAGGUAACCAGCAGCUCUUCUGGAUCCAGUGCGGCUUGAUUCCUGUUUUGUUGCUUACCAAGGUAUUCUAUGUGUGGAAGAACAGAAAGAGAGACGAGGUAUGGGGUGCUAUGUCGAUAGAGGAAAGGCAACGUUACAUUGCAGAGACCAGCGACAAGGGCAACCAGCGGUUGGAUUUUCGGUUUGACCACUAG